GGGCCAUGGCGAGCAACAGCUUCCCGAAGGUGCCGGCGAGCGCGCUGCUGCCGACCAUGCCGCGCAUCGGCAUGGGCACGGCGGCGUUCCCUUUCACGUCCUCGGAGGAGACCACGGCGGCGCUGCUCCGCGCCAUCGAGCUCGGCUACCGCCACUUCGACACGGCCAGGAUAUACGCCACCGAGGGGUGCGUCGGCGCGGCCGUGGCGGAGGCCGUCCGGCGUGGCCUCAUCGCCUCCCGCGCCGACGUGUUCGUCACCUCCAAGCUCUGGUGCAGCGACGCCCACGCCGGCCGCGUGGUGCCGGCGGCGAGGGAGACGCUCCGCAACCUCGGGAUGGAGUACGUCGACCUGUUCCUCGUCCACUGGCCGGUCAGCCUCACGCCGCCGGGGAAGUACGAGUACCCGUUCGCGAAGGAGGAGAUCUCGCCGUCGUUCGACAUGGAGGGCGUGUGGCGCGGCAUGGAGGAGUGCCACCGGCUGGGCCUUGCGCGGGCCAUCGGCGUCAGCAACUUCUCCGCCGAGAAGCUGGAGAAGCUUCUGUCGGUCGCCGUGGUGCGGCCGGCGGUGGAGCAGGUGGAGGUGAACCCGAUGUGGCAGCAGAGGAAGCUGCGGGAGGUGUGCCGGCGGGAGGGCGUGCAGCUGUGCGGGUACUCGCCGCUGGGAGCGAAGGGCACGCCGUGGGGCAGCGCGGCGGUGAUGGACUCCGACGUCCUCCAUCAGAUCGCCGGAUCCAAGGGCAAGACGCUUGCUCAGAUUUGCUUGAGGUGGUUGUACGAGCAUGGUGAUGUUUUGUUGGUGAAGACAUACAAUGAGAAGAGGAUGAAGGAGAAUCUUGAGAUAUUUGAGUGGGAGCUGAGUGAGCAAGAGAGGGAGAAGAUCAGCCAGCUUCCCCAGCAAAGAGGUCUGCCUGGAUUUCAGUUCAUCUCUGAUUUUGGCCCUUACAAGUGCGUUGAAGAUCUGUGGGAUGGGGACGUGUAGCAGCCUACUUAAUUAGCUAUAUACAUCAAUAAUAACUUGGCAUUUGAUUAUCUUCCUUUGGUGAGAAAUAAUUAAUGCCAAUUGAGCGCUAUAUUGACGUGCUCCAUUGUGAUAAUCAGUAAUCUAUUUCUAUUCGAUAAGUAAAAUAACUUUGUACCAUAAUAAUGUAACUUGCCGGUGUCGUUGACAGGUGUAAUUAAUAGUGCAAAUCCCAGAGAAAUCGUAAUGGGAAACCAUGGAGUGUGACCAUAUGAAAUGUAUCGGAGAAAUGAUUAAUUAUUUCGUUGUAGAUGAACUCGGACAAAAACACUGUUUUUUUUUCCCGAAAUUGCAGAAACAAAUGAGGAUCCUGUCACG